AUGCCGCCCCCAAGAGUCGACAACGAGGCUCCUUACGAAGGGGAGUACUCGAAUAAUAUCCCCAACAGCCAUCGCAACUCCAGUAGCAAUGGCACUUUCAUCAAUGACAACCCCGAUCUCGGCGAGCGACGAGUUUCCAAAGCAACUCUUCUACGCAACCCUCUUGCCGGCAUGACCAGAGAACAGGUUCUUGCCGAUGUUGAUGACUUUGUGUCAUUCAAGGGCCUUGACGAGCAUAGAGAAGACUUCCGAAAGGGAGCUCUAGUCGCUCAAGUCAACAACCAGCCUGGAGGUUUUGAAAAGCUCGAUAUUCUUACUGAAGACGACAAGAUUAUCCUUCGAAAGGAGGAGACAUCUCGAUGGCAUCAGCCUUUUGCCUUGUACUUUCUUUGCACACUUUGUGCCGGAUCAGCCAUUGUGCAGGGUAUGGAUCAGACAACUGUCAACGGCGCCCAGGAAUUCUACUUCAAGGAAUUCGACAUCACUAAUGAAUGGAUGCAAGGGUUCACAAACGGAGCCCCAUAUCUCUGCUCUGCUCUCAUCGGAUGCUGGACCAGCCCUGUUCUAAACAAGUACACUGGCCGUCGUGGAACAAUAUUCAUCUCUUGUGCCAUCUCAACCAUCACAGGCUUCUGGAUGGCUUGCACUACCUCUCUAGGCAACUUUCUUGCGGCCAGACUGAUGCUAGGAUUCGCCGUUGGGGCCAAGUCUAGCACAACUCCUGUUUACUCGGCUGAAUCCACUCCGAAGAACAUCCGUGGUGCUCUUACCAUGAUGUGGCAGAUGUGGACGGCUUUUGGAAUAGCUUUGGGUUUCGUCGUUUGCGUCGCAUUUGAAAAGGUCACCAUUAUCGGCGGUCCAACCUCGCCCUGGCGUUGGAUGAUGGCUUCCACGUCUAUCCCUCCGCUUGUUGUUAUGCUUCAAGUGUAUUUCUGCCCCGAAAGCCCUCGCUGGUACAUGGAGCGAGGCCGCUACGACAAGGCUUUCCGAUCAGUUAGAAAACUUCGGUUCUCUUCUGUUCAGGCCGCCCGCGAUAUGUACUACGCUUACAAGCUACUCGAGAUUGAGCGUGGUGAGCGUGAAGGUCGAAACCUGCUGAAGGAGUUCUUCACCGUUCGCCGCAACAGACGAGCUGCCCAGAGUGCUUGGUUUUGCAUGUUUAUGCAACAAUUUUGUGGUGUCAACGUAAUUGCUUAUUACUCCACUUCUAUCUUUCGAGAUGGUGGUUACUCGCUAUCUGAAGCUCUCUUGGUUUCAAUGGGUGGUGGUAUCAUCAACUUCCUGUUCGCCAUUCCCGCUAUCUACACCAUUGAUACCUUUGGUCGACGAAACUUGCUUCUGGUAACCUUUCCCCUUAUGGCUGCUUGUCUCUUCUUCACAGGUGGGGUGUUCAACAUUUCCGAGUCGAACCGAGAGCCUCGUAUUGCCUGCAUCACCGUAGGUCUCUACAUCUUCAUGGCAGUCUACUCGCCCGGUCUUGGGCCCGUGCCUUUCACCUACAGCGCAGAAGCCUUCCCUCUUCACAUCCGUGACAUUGGCAUGGCCUCCAGUACUGCAAUCACUUGGGGCUUCAACUUCAUCAUCAGUUUCACCUGGCCCGCUUUGCGAAGGAGUUUUGGCGACACAGGCGCCUUUAGCUGGUAUGGGACCUGGAAUAUCUUUGGCUGGGUAUUCUGCUACUUCCUCCUCCCCGAGACCAAGAACCUUACUCUUGAGGAGCUCGACAACGUGUUUAGUGUCAGCAACCGUGAGCAUGCUGCAUACUACAUGAGGAAGCUACCUUGGUACCUCAAGAAGUACAUCUUGCGCAAGGAUGUCCCCCCAUUCCCUGAGCUCUACGAGUUUGCUGCCAAUGAUGGACAGUAUCCGCAGGAGAAGCCUGACGCAAGGCAUAUUGAGGGUAACAACUCUGUCCCGCCCACUGCAGACAGGGAGGUCUUUUCCAGCACCCAAUAA